AUGGCUGGCACGACUACGCGAUGGCGGGCUCUGAUCGCCCGGCUCCCGGAAUUCCGGUGGAAUCCUGGGGCAGCAUGGUUGUUGUGCCCGCCGGUGACCCUGGAUGCCGUACAGCAGGCGAUGGAGCGAGAUACAGACAUAGCCGCGAUAAUCCUUGAACCCACCGGCGCUCAUUACGGGCAAUUGCCUUUCGAUGUGGUGGCAUAUCUGUCGGGAUUGAGGGAUCUCUGCGAUCGUCAUGGAGUGGUUCUUAUAUUCGACGAGGUAGUUACCGGCUUUCGAGCGUCGCCGGGCGGAGCACAAGUGCGGUUUGGAAUUUCGCCGGACUUGACGACCAUGGCCAAGAUCGUUGCCGGUGCGUUGCCGGGUGGAGCCGUGGGAGGAAAGUCAGAAAUCGUCGACAUGAUCGCGCAACGGGGCGAUCCGGACUGGGACAACACCCAAAGGGUCUAUCAUCCGGGCACGUUCAAUGGUAAUCCUCUAUCGGCAGUAGCCGGGGCAACCUGCCUGGAAUUGAUAGCAGCCGAACCAAUCAAUCAACGGGCUGAUGCAAUGGCUGCCAGGCUCAAAACUGGACUCAACGACGUUUUCUCCCGCAUGGAGGUGAGCGGCCAUGCGUAUGGCAUCGCGUCCAUGAUCCACUAUACGUUGGCGGAAGGUGAUUUUGAUCGGGAGUUUGGGCCGGAAGUAAAUCGCCGCAUCAAGUCAGCCGCGGCCACGCCGGCAGUGACCGCGAUAAAGCGAGGGUUGCAAAACCGCGGGAUCGAUAUCAUGGGUCGCGAUGCAUUGCUGGUUUCAGCUACCCACGUCGAGGCGGAUAUUGACCAGACUUUAGCCGCUUUCGAGGCCACAUUGGCGCAGGUCCGCGACGAAGGAUUGUUCUAG